UUUAAAAACUCACAGGGAGCUAAGGGUUAUUUAGUUCAAAAUUGAAACUAGUCGAAAAAUAAUCGGGAAUGGAUUUCCUAAUCCUAUUGGAAAAAUCACCGUCUCUCUCCGAUACCAAUAAAAGUUCUGAAUCGAUCACUGCACUUGCCUUUAACUCCCAAUCACCUCUUCAAACGCUAUUUCGUGUUUAAGGUUUUCUCUCGCUGUUGCCUACUUUACUAGUUCAAGUUUUAAAAUUGAAUUAGGGUUUCGACACUUAUCUGAUCCUGCAUCUUUCCUUGGCGGUAAAAGAAGCCCCGAAGAUAUGGAUAUGGAGGAAGACGACUAUCAGGAAUAUAUUCCUGUUGCCAAACGCCGUGCAAUUGAAGCACAAAAGAUCCUACAAAGAAAAGGAAAAUCUGCUUUGGAGGAUGAUUUUGAAAAAUCAAAGCUAGCUGAAGCAAAGCCCAGUCUUCUCGUUAAAGCCUCUCAGCUUAAAAGGGACCAACCGGAAAUAAGUCAAACGGAGCAGAUAGUGCAGCAAGAGAAGGAAAUGAUAGAGCAUUUAUCAGAUAGGAAAACCCUAAUGUCUGUUCGUGAAUUGGCUAAAGGAAUUACGUAUACUGAGCCUUUGUUAACUGGGUGGAAACCGCCGCUUCAGAUUAGAAGAAUGUCUAGAAAGCAGUGCGACGCAAUUCGAAAACAAUGGCAUAUUAUAGUUGAUGGGGAAGAUAUUCCUCCUCCAAUAAAAAACUUUAGGGAAAUGAGAUUUCCUGAGCCGAUUUUGAAGAAGUUAAAAGCUAAAGGAAUUGUGCAGCCUACUCCCAUUCAGGUUCAAGGACUUCCAGUUAUCUUGACUGGGAGAGAUAUGAUCGGAAUAGCUUUUACAGGGUCUGGGAAGACACUUGUUUUUGUGCUGCCAAUGAUUAUGAUAGCUCUACAGGAGGAAAUUAUGAUGCCUAUUGCACCUGGAGAAGGACCCUUUGGAUUGAUCAUAUGUCCUUCCAGGGAACUAGCUAGACAGACUUAUGAAGUAGUGGAACAGUUUUUGAUUCCUAUGAGGGAGGCUGGAUAUCCGGAGUUGAGGCCAUUGCUUUGUAUUGGUGGAGUGGAUAUGAGGUCACAGUUGGAGGUUGUGAAAAAAGGGGUUCAUAUUGUUGUUGCUACCCCUGGCAGAUUGAAGGACAUGCUAGCAAAGAAGAAAAUGAAUCUUGAUAACUGCAGGUAUUUGACAUUGGAUGAGGCUGACAGGUUAGUGGAUUUGGGCUUUGAGGAUGACAUUAGGGAAGUCUUUGACCACUUUAAAGCUCAAAGGCAGACUCUUCUUUUCUCUGCCACCAUGCCCACCAAAAUUCAGAACUUUGCUAGAAGCGCUUUGGUAAAACCCGUUACAGUCAAUGUUGGACGGGCCGGUGCUGCAAACCUUGAUGUGAUCCAGGAGGUUGAGUAUGUAAAACAGGAGGCAAAGAUUGUUUACCUUCUUGAGUGCCUACAGAAGACCCCACCUCCUGUUUUGAUAUUUUGUGAGAACAAGGCUGAUGUGGAUGACAUUCAUGAAUAUCUUCUCCUGAAGGGAGUCGAGGCUGUGGCCAUUCAUGGAGGCAAAGACCAAGAAGAGAGAGAAUAUGCAAUUAUGUCCUUCAAAGCAGGCAAGAAAGAUGUCUUGGUUGCAACCGAUGUCGCCUCAAAGGGUUUGGACUUUCCUGAUAUCCAACAUGUUAUAAACUAUGAUAUGCCUGCAGAAAUUGAAAAUUAUGUUCAUAGAAUUGGACGAACUGGAAGGUGUGGUAAGACAGGAAUUGCAACUACCUUUAUAAACAAAAACCAGAGUGAAACAACACUUCUCGAUUUGAAGCACCUAUUGCAAGAAGCAAAACAGAGGAUUCCACCUGUCCUUGCUGAGUUACAAGAUCUAAAUGCGGAUGGAGAAACUAUUACUAAUGCAAGCGGAGUUAAGGGCUGUGCUUAUUGUGGUGGGCUUGGUCACCGUAUCCGUGAUUGUCCUAAGUUGGAACAUCAAAGAUCCCAGCAGCUUGCAAACUCCAGAAGGGAUUACUUUGGUUCUGGAGGGUAUAGAGGAGAAAUCUAAUUAAUUUCCAGUCUUCACUUGAUCUAGUAUGCAAGUUUUUCUACCUUGUUUCUCCUCAAGUCUUUUAAUGGAACUAUUGGGUAUUGAGUAAAUUUUGUGCUUUGGAAUACAUGAAUGUAAUAUAAGAUGCCUGUUCAGAUUUUAAUUUGCGAUUAUUUUUAUGACCUUACAUGUCUCAUCCAAUAUGAUCAAACAUGCUUUGCUUGAA